AUGACGCUACAAGACUGGCUGGAUGACCUGACAGUUCGCUUUUUGCUCAACCUGCCGCCGGCCGAGAUGAGCAGUAUGCCACGAUUAUGUUUUCAGGUUGAAGAAGCACAAUGGUUCUACGAGGAUUUCGUUCGGCCUGCCAAUCCGCAGCUACCUAGUCUGAACCUGCGACAAUUCUGCCUCACUUUAUUCCGUCACUCUCCGCUGCUCAGCGGUUUCAGCGAGGCCCAGCAUUCGGCUGCCUACGAGGAGUUCCUCGCCUACAAAGUCCGCGUACCGGUUCGAGGUGCGAUCUUGAUGGAUGAAAGCAUGGAGAAAGUCCUGCUCGUACGAGGUUGGAAGAAGGGUGCAAGUUGGAGCUUCCCACGCGGAAAGAUCAACAGGGACGAGAAAGAUUUGGAUUGUGCUAUCCGAGAAGUCUAUGAGGAGACCGGUUAUGAUCUGAGAGCCGCUGGUCUUGUCUCGCAUAAUGCUCAAGAUGGUGAAGUCAAGGCAAUAGACAUCACUAUGCGCGAACAACACAUGCGGCUAUUCGUCUUCCGUGGAGUACCACUGGACACUCAUUUUGAGCCGCGAACACGUCGAGAGAUUGGCAAAAUUGAAUGGUAUAACGUGCGAGAUCUCCCGGGUUUCAAACGACACAAAGGUCAGGCAGGGCAUGGCUUGAACGAUGCGUUGACGACCAAGUUCUAUAUGGUCGCACCAUUUCUUCCUCACCUGAAGAAGUGGAUCGCCAUCCCUGCAUGCUGGUAG